UGCUGCCAGUCACGUGGUUUUCAGCGAAACGACACAAGCGUCGAAGCGGGGCUUCAUUGACACGCCCCCUUUUUACUCGGUACAAGCCUCGAAGCCUGGCUUCAGAUGGCCCAUCACUAAUAGCAGGGAGUAACUACCGUCAGAGCGGGGGUCGAGGGGUCGCUACGUAAUUAGUCUAAUACGGGAAGUUUACGGGAAAAUGCUAAUACGAGAGGCCGGGACAGAAGGGUAAAAUACGGUAGUUUCUCGGCCAAAACGGGAGACUUGACAGGUAUGAGUCGAACAGUAGCAUGUGUACUCGAAUGCACCACAAGACGUAUUGCGGAAGUCACACGUCUUCAGCUGACGUAGUGCGGAAGUAAACACUCCUUAGCGGACGUGGAGUGAGGUUCUUGUCAGUUCAACGCCUGAAAUUCUUUAAUAGAACAGUACCUCAUUUAGUCACUGCUGUGGUUCGCAUAAGUUCAGAGAACUCUACUUGCUUUGAGUGAACGUGGUGUUGGUUAUAAGCUCAACUGCAAAAUAGAUGGCGUCGGCUGAGGAGGCCAGUAGGCCGUUCGCUGGGCUGUCAGACGUCUCCAUAUCGGAAGAGAUACCAGUGGAAGGAGAUAUUGCCGUCCCCGUCGGCCCAUCCACAAGAGACGAUGAGUUUUCCACAUUGGACGAGCCGGUGAAGGAAACUAUUGUGCGUGACCUCCGAGCCGUGGGUAACAAGUUCAUUCAUGUGCUGUAUCCAAAGCGGAGCUCGGCUCUGCUGCGUGACUGGGACCUGUGGGGUCCGCUGCUGCUCUGCGUCACGUUGGCUCUGCUGCUUCAAGGCGGCGCGGCCGACAGCGACGACCAGGGAGGACCGCAGUUUGCCGAGGUCUUUGUCAUCAUUUGGUUCGGCUCCAUCGUCAUCACUCUUAACUCCAAGCUCCUGGGUGGCACAAUCUCUUUCUUCCAGAGCCUGUGUGUACUGGGAUACUGCAUCAUGCCUCUGACAGUGGCCCUCAUUGUGUGCCGGAUUGUCCUGCUCAGUGUUUCAGGGAAGGUGAGCUUUGCGGUUCGCCUGGGAGUGGUGAUAGCAUCUUUUGGCUGGUCUACCUUUGCUUCUACAGCCUUCCUUGCUGACAGCCACCUGACCAACCGCAAGGCACUUGUGGUAUAUCCAGUGUUUCUCUUCUACUUUGUGAUUGGGUGGAUGAUAUUGACAUUUUCACCAGGAAACUGACAGGACUGUUUUUGCUAUGUUGGGAAGAGAAACCUGAAUUUCCAUAUUUAAACAUGGGCGACUACUGAGAUGAGAUAUUCCAUACUUCAUGUUCCAAACGUCUUUUAGAAAAAGUCAAAACAGUGCUUCAGCUAGAGAGAAGUUCAUGUUUUUUUUUUCUUAUUUCUGUUUACGGUCAGCAUUAAUUUUUUCCCUUCUUUUUUGUAAUUAGAGGGAUUAAGGAAUGUUUCCCAGGAUCAGUAGUCGACUUGACACAAGAAUAAGUUGUUUUUAUGACUGUUCAACAUUAUCAUUAAAAUACAUUGAUAAGUUUGGAUGAAA